AUGGCUUGGCUUCCAACUCAAGAGUUGUAUGGGAAAGCUCGUGAAUGGUUAAGGAGAGGUGAAGAGCUCUUAGAAAUGACCAACUCUAUGGCUCCAACAUGGGCAAGUCUUUUGACAUGCAAAGGCCUGCUUUCGGACCUUACUGAAUUUAUUGACUCACGCGAAGUCUUUCUGGAGCAGCUAACCGACCCACGAGAGUUUCGCCGCCAUUUUAGCGACCUACUAAACACCGUUAUGCGUAUUGUCGGUGGUCGUGCACCCUUUUUUAUUAGUGAAUUUAUUGUCUAUCCAUUGAUCUCCCCGUUCCUAUGUAUAUCUUUCUGCAUGUUACGUAAGGUUCCAUUUAUCUUCAUAGUUGAGCCAUUCUUUAGUACACGAUACGUGAAACCUUAUGUGACAUGCUGGUAUAUACGCAUAGAAACGGAGAGAUCAAUGGAUGGACAAUAA